UGGUUCGUAAGAACUCGAGGCGAAUCACGGGUGCGUGUGCACGAGUGCGUGGAUGCCGGCGUUUUGAGAAAAAAAGAGAGAGAAAGAGGAAAGGGAGCGCGGAGACAUGGGAAAAGGGACGGAGAAUGACAACAGAGGCCGACGGGGGGAGAGAGAAGAACUGUGUAUGUGUAUGUGUGUCGAACGGAGCGACGAGAAGGAGAGACAAGAUGUUUCGCGCGUGUGCGUCUCUCUAGCGACUUGCGAACGCGACGUGCGACGAAGACGCGUUUCAGUGGAGGGAGACGACUAUAAGCGAGAAGUAGACGAGGCCAGUUCUGGGCAAACGGUGACUCUGUACACCGUUGAUCUCUGGCCGGCUUUUAUCUCCCGCAAUUUCUUUCCGACUUUUUAACCAUUUUAUCUUUCAUCUUCUAGCCCCUUUUUCUUACGUUUAUCCGAUAUUAGAUUCGUAGUGCGUGAAUUUCAAGUGUUGGAUUAUUUUCAUAUCGAUUAACAAGUGUUGGUGUGAAAAUAAUCGGGAAAAUAAAGGAUAAGGAAAAAAGGUGAUUCUGACCGUGAACAAUGUCAACGACAAUGAGGGAGAGCUCACACGUGAGCAGAAAAUACGUGAGUCACGGUAGUGGCGGCGGUGGUGCUAUAUCCGGACAGGGGCACUUGGGAAACACGAGCGGCAACAGCCUCGAGAACAAUUUGGACGCUCUGCUCGAGGAUCUGCAAACGAGCGUAUCGAGGAGCGCGACACCGAGCAGGGGAGGAAGAGCACGAUCGCCACAGGUCGAAUACCGUUCGGCUGCAAACACCUCAAAAACUGUCACCGAAUCCAGAUCACUCUCGCCAACGCACUCGAAAACAACAACGAGCGAAAAAUUCGUAAGCACCGGACCGGCUGGUGUCGGAAGUGGAAUUCCUGGCCUGGAGGCCCUGGACGCUGAGCUUCGAGACGUUCAACCUGGACAAAGCAAAACAGUGGCUUACAAGCAGGUUUCUUACCAGUACAAGAACGUCGACGGCAAACCAGUUGAUCCGUAUACGUUGGUCGACAACUCAUUUAGCAGCGGCUUGCCCUUGGUUGAUGACGUCCAUGAAACAAGCUACGAAGAAAAUCGCCUGCACAGGCGACAGCGCAGUCCCGAACCCGCGGUCAAGUCUUCGAGCGUCAAUCGAGAAUUAUUAUUCGACGAGAGUUACACGACGUCACGUUCGAAACAAACUUCGCCUCUGCCUGGUGCGCAAUCGAGAGACCUGAAAUUCGUGCGGGAAUCGAAUUUCCAAACGGACGUUAGACCCGUGCAGACGCUGAACGCGAGUCAGGAGUACGGAACGACGGUGGAGUACGUGCCAGUGCCAUCGCCGAGUCCAGCGGUUCCGAUAAAUUUAGCACCAGGGCCGAACACGAAAGUAACGACCACCAUAAAGACUUACACGUACGAAUUGCCCGGCGCUCCGGAGUCUUAUUUGCCGGGCAGCAGUACGACGACGCACCAAAAAAAUGUGCACCUCUCCGGCGAUCAGAGAAUCACCUACACUCUACCACGCGGUGCAAGCGGCCCGAUCGAAAGACCCGUCAGCCCGACGCGAUACGGGACUACGACACCGGAAGUUACCCAAAAAUCGAAGGUUCUUCAUAAAGAAGCGAAGUACUAUCAGGAAGAGAUUGUCGGCUACCCUGCAGGAGGAAACAAACCCACGACGAUCGUGUAUCCGGGUGGAGGAGCACCGGGAACCAGUUUGGAAACGACCGUGUCGAGAAACGAGUAUUAUCGGCAAACCGAUGGCAAUUAUCCGCCCGGUUAUGAUCACGAUCGAGUCGAUCAUCCGAGCGGAUCAACCACCACCGUCAUUUAUCAGAACCAACAACAACCACCCGCACCGACAACCAUCAACGAGACUCACACGACAACAAUGAUUGACCGAUUCGAAGAACAUUAUCCAAACAGACCCCCUUCCGCCGGACGCCCCGAUGUACACAAACCUGCCACUCCGACUCGAUCUACCACCGUUAAUUAUUACACAUCCGCACCACCCCAAACAACACCUCCGCAGUCGAACACUACUGUUUACAAGUACUCGAACACAACGACCGUUGUACCACCCGGUGGCCGCCAUCCCGAUGACCAUGAAGUCUUACUACCCAAACCUUUUCCUACCGGCGUUCAAAUGUAUCCGUCCAACAGCAAACCUGUCACUAAUGGACACGGGCCACCUGCCAAACUCGAGGACCUCAUGGCCUCUUUCUCCGAUUCGGAGCGAGAAGUAUUGGACGAUAUCGCAAAACAGGAAAAUUAUCAACGAAAAGAUCGCUCGAGACAAGAUGCGGUGAGUCCGAAAAAGGAGGUGGAUUUCGCGCCGCACUCCCCACCUCAAGUGCAGAGCAAAAACAUUGCAGGACCGCCGGUCUAUUAUCCACCGGGUUCGGCCGAAUUUACGAAGAAGGAAUCUGCCGAAGGAGGAAUGUCUCAGUCCGGGGGUGCGUGGCAGAAGGGUAGCGGAAAAUACGAAUACGAGGCGUCGAGCAAGUCCAAAAGUAAAAGCAGCAGCGGAAAAGCGAUCGUUCCCGUUUGUUUGCCAUUGUGUUGCGGCUUGCCAUGCGUCAUUUUGUAAAUUUUUGUCAUUAUCGUCUUAAAAAAUAUUAUGCGGUAUAAUUUUAAAAUUUACGAAAAAUGUGUGCCUUAACUCGACCAUCGGGAAAGAAAAACCGUUGAAGAAUACGAAAAAUUAGUUAUUUAGACAAAAAAGAAGUAAUAUUUAUAUAUAUUUUUGUCAUUAAACAAAUACGUAUAAAUCAUACGUAAAUCUAUAACUGUAUCAAAGAUUCACGAUAGCGAAUCAAGACAAGUUAUUAUGUAGAGAUACUUUGCUCCAUGUGUAAGCGUGGCGAUCACAGCAAUAUGUAGCUCCAGCGCUAUUUAGGGUUUUCUAACUGACUGACAGAAUUAAAAACGUCAUUUUGAAGUAUUCUCGAUUCUCAUAUUUCGUUCAUAUUAUCGAUAUGAACUCGUAAAUACUAUUUUUGAAAAAAAAUCUCAAUCCAACGUUAAUUGUUAUUUUUAGCACUAUUGUUAUAACUAUAAUCAUCGUUAUUAUUACUGUUGUCCGAAUGUCCUGCCCAAAUCAAAAGGAAAAAAAUAUUUGACCAACUUAUUUUCGUAUUGUCAAUAUUAACUCUGUAACAAAAUUGAAUCUCCAUCAAUGUAAUAAAUCAACUUUUUUUUUCUUCAUA